AUUCGCAUAUGAAUAAAUCAAAAGAAGGUCUACAUUUUUUUAUGCGUGAAUAUGAUAAUAUUUGUCGAUUUGACAAAAAAGUUAAAAUCCGAUUUAAACAGUGAUCAAAAUUGAGUACGGUUUAUUUAUUUAUCUUUAAUCUUCAAUUAAUUGUCACCACACCUCACGGUGAAUAAUAAAUAUAAACAAUCAACAUCAUAAGGGAGCAGUGUUGGUGCGACUCACGGGUCCGUUCAAAUAUUUCUCUCGGGUGGAAACCGUGACUCAGUGAAGUGUAACGCAAUGAAGCUCUUACGUGUACACAAGUCAUAAUAUGGUUUAUUAUUAUCUCUCGUUUACUUUGUGUGUAAUUUUUUUCUGUGAAAGGCAGUACUGAUGCAGUUUUAUCCCGACUCUAAUAUUCCGGACAAUAAAUCCUUGCUCUCUUGUUUCCCCCCGGGUUUAUUAUGUCAGCGGACGCUGGUGCUUUUUUCAAAACUGAAAAUAAACAAAUCGGAGUAUAUCCGAGCUGAGUUGUUUUUUUGACAGAAUGGAGGAGAAACCUUUAAGAGUCCUUGCUUGCGGUGAUGUCGAAGGCAGAAUCAGUGCUUUGUUCAACCGGGUGAACACAAUCCAAAAAAAGAGCGGACAGUUUGAUCUGCUGCUGUGUGUUGGAGAUUUCUUUGGGAACUCUCCUGAGGCUGAAGCUGAAUGGGAGGCAUACAGGUCUGGAGCUAAGAAAGCUCCCAUUCACACGUACAUUCUGGGAGCUGCGAGCCAGGAGACGGUGAAAUAUUUCCCCAGCUCUGAUGGAUGUGAACUGGCUGAAAAUAUCAUCUAUUUAGGGCGAAGAGGUGUUUUCACGGGAGCGUCAGGCCUGCAGGUCAUGUACGUCAGUGGCAGAGAGGCUCAGCAGGAGCCGGCGCCUGCGCACUGUUUCACCCCGAAAGAUCUCACGGCCCUCGUCACUCCCCUGGUGUCCAACUCUAAGUUUAAAGGGGUUGACAUCCUUCUGACCUCGCAGUGGCCUCGAGGAGUGUGGCAGUAUGGGAACAACCCGGCAAUUGACACCAAGUUUUGUGGCGUUUCCUCCAUUGGAAAUCUGGCUGAAAAGCUGAAGCCUCGCUACCACUUUGCUGGACUGGAAGGAGUUUACUAUGAGCGACUGCCGUACAGAAACCAUGUGGUUCUUCAGGAGAACGCACAGCAUGUCAGUCGAUUCAUUGCGCUGGCAACAGUUAACAACCCUGGGAAGAAAAAGUACCUGUAUGCGUUCAAUAUUGUCCCAAUGAAAAGUAUGGACCCGGCAGUGUUGGUCAAACAGCCCGAGGAUGUCACUGAGAAUCCGUAUAGGAAACCAAUGAAAGAGGGCAAAAAGGAGAAGCCACUUCCAUCUGCAGCUGCUGGAGAGGAGGAACCAGCUUCUCAGUUCUUCUUCGAUCUGGGCCAGAAGAAGCCACAGCAUCACCGGCACCAGCAGCAUCAGGGUGCAGGGAGGAAGAGACUGCCAGAGGGAGACGGAUCCGUUCAGCCCAAACACCCUCGCAAACCCCUCUGCUUCCUGUUUCUCUGCUCUAUCUUGCCGACCUCAGCUCAGCCUACCGGGCCGUGUUGGUUCUGUUUAGCCAGCCCUGAGGUGGAGAAGCACCUGGUCAUCAGCAUCGGGACGCACUGUUACAUGGCGCUGGCUAAAGGCUGCCUCACCCCGGACCACGUGCUGCUCCUGCCCAUUGGACAUUACCAGUCCGUGGUGGAGCUGCCGUCUGAGGCGGUGGACGAGCUGCAGAAAUACAAAAGUGCCGUCAGGAAACUGUACAAGAGCCGCGGCCGCCGCUGCAUCCUGUUCGAGAGGAACUACCGCAGCCAGCAUCUUCAGCUACAGCUGGUGCCUGUGCCCAUGGAGACAUGCACUACUGAGGACAUUAAAGAGGCGUUUAUGGUGCAGGCUCAGGAGCAGCAAAUGGAGCUGAUGGAGAUCCCAGAACACACCGACCUCAAACAGAUUGCUCCACCAGGAACGCCGUAUUUCUAUGUGGAGUUGGAUACGGGAGAGAAGCUGUUUUACCGCAUUAGGAAGAACUUCCCUUUACAGUUUGGCAGGGAGGUCCUGGCGAGCGAGGCAGUCUUGAACAUGCCAACACGCUCAGAUUGGAGAGAGUGUAAAAGCAGCAGAGAGGAAGAGGAAGCUCUGUCCAAACAGUUUCGUGCUGAUUUCCAGCCUUACGACUUCACCAUGGACGACUGAGGAAUAUGAAUUUUUUUUUUCUCACACACAGAAGAUAUAACUUGGGCUCGUGUCUCUUUUAUUGUACAGACUUUUCCGUGGCUUUUUUUUUUUUAAAGUUUUUAAACAGAUAUUAACAGAGCUCUUUGUUCUUACUACUUUGUCUCUGAUCGUCAAAGACUACAGCUUUCCAAGGACAUGUCUUUGCCUGUUGUAUUUUUUGAGAUUUCUGUUAAUAAAUGUUGUACAGUCAAGGAUCUUUUUUAUUCAACAGUCGCUCAUUAAAAUAGUUUUUAAACUGUU